AUGUCCACCGACCUGUUCGUCCUGUAUCAGACCCCCCAGAAGCCACGUGCCUCCGCUCGGCCUAGAGACAAUUGGGUUCGUGUCAAUGACGAGACUCCUGUUGGAUACGAUCGACCGGUAUACCGACUCGGCGAGGAAGUCAAGGUCGUGAUCUGUGAGGGCGAUGUGUUCGUUAGCGUAAUGAGGGACGGGAAGGAGGAAGCAGUUCAACGGAGCUACGCCGCCAUUACCACCUGCCACCUCUGCAAGCUCGACCGCUCUUUCCGCUCCUCGACCACAGCAUAUCCCUCUAGGAGCCCCUGUAUCUUCUGCGCGAACCGCAAAGAGUCAUUUCACCGGGUAGCGGAGCAGAGGGUCCGUAAUUGCCUCCAAUCAGGCUAUCAGCGCAUGUACGGCCCAUUCAAGUUCGCCGGGACGGCGCCCUUCCCCUUCCCCAAGUUCGAACAGGCGGAGGACGACGACUUCGCCGAGAUCGAGGCGGAUUGCGCCGCAGACCUCAAGUACGGACGAGGUCUACUCGGAGCACUCCGGAGUCAGUCCAUCAGCGCCUUCGGGAAGAUGGGGAGCUAUCAGCAGAUGAUCCUGGUCAGGAAGUUUGGGCGGAGGGUCUUCGAUCCCCCAGUCGGACGGGCGAAACCGGCCGUAGCGGGGAGAGAAAAAUCGGUACCAACUUCUCAACAACUCCUGGAGCGUGACGAACGGGAGCUUCUCGACCUUCGCAUCGACCUCAAGGUGUACAAUAAGGUGUGGGCGCAAGUGAGGAGGAUGAAGUCAAGGAGCAACGGUCCCGCCGGCAAGCUUCGCGACAGGCGGCGGUAG